CUUUCAUUGGUCCGCGCUAGAGCGGCGUUAGAUUUAAUGCGUCACUGCGAAGGGGGAGUACGGCAGGAACAGGCAUCCGUUUGGACAGACAGGGCUGUUCAUCUCCGCUUGUAGAUAGAUAAUGGAUCUCGAAAAUGACCCACAGGAAGAGGAAACUUUCAGCAACAAAGAGAGUAAUGGUAAGCGUUCCGCUGAGGAUAUGGAGGAGGACAAGCCUCAUAAGCGCUCCCGAAGUUCUGACGACAUGGUGGAGCUUCGGAUUCUGCUACAGAGCAAAAAUGCCGGAGCGGUGAUCGGAAAGGGUGGGAAGAAUAUUAAAGCUCUGCGCACAGAUUAUCGCUUCUCUUCUCUCUUCUCGUGGAAUGCAAUUCAUUACUUUGACAGAAUCCUAAGCGUCAGUGCCGAUAUUCCCACGGUGGCUGAGAUAUUACUGAAGGUCAUACCUACUCUGGAAGAGUAUCAACAUCAUAAUGGUGUGGACUUUGACUGUGAACUGAGGAUGCUCAUCCAUCAGAGUCUAGCUGGGAGCAUCAUUGGAGUGAAGGGUGCCAAGAUUAAGGAACUUCGUGAAAGCACCCAGACCACCAUCAAGCUCUUUCAGGAGUGCUGUCCUCAGUCCACUGACCGCGUGGUGCUCGUGGGGGGCAAAGCGGAGCAGGUUGUGGAGUGCAUUAAGACCAUGCUGGAGCUCAUUGUGGAGGCUCCCAUUAAAGGUCGAGCUCAGCAGUACGACCCUAACUUUUACGAUGAGACAUAUGACUAUGGCGGCUUCAGUGUGAUGCAUGAAGAUCGGGGCCGUCGGCCUAUGGGCGGCUUCUCCUCGAGGGGGCGUGGCAGCGGCGGUGGCUUUGAUCGGACGCCCCCCAGCGGAGGCCGUGGCGGCCACCACAUGCAGAACAGGAGAGACUAUGAUGACAUGAGCCCACGCAGGGGCCCCCCUCCUUCCCAGAGAGGGGGAAGAGGAGGGAGUCGUCCUCCACGAAACAUGCCCAUGGGACAGCCACACCACAGGAGAAGUGAUGAUCAGUACUCCUACAGAUCUCAGCGUGGCCACAUGGAUGAACGGCGGCAUGGGGAAAGACGAGGGCGCAACGAUCGUUAUGGAGGCAGCAUGAAUGAUGGAUACGACAACAAUUCAUCUUGGAAUUCCUCUUAUCAGUCUGGUGGAAGGAGCAGUUACAGUGAAGAUCCUGUGAUCACCACACAAGUGACGAUUCCUAAAGAUCUGGCGGGAUCCAUCAUCGGUAAAGGCGGUCAGAGGAUCAAGCAGAUUCGUCAUGAGUCCGGAGCCUCAAUCAAAAUCGACGAGCCCCUGCAGGGUUCUGAGGACCGCAUCAUCACCAUCACCGGAACCCAAGACCAGAUCCAGAACGCUCAGUACCUGUUACAGAACAGUGCUCUGCACCUCUUGGGACGGCAGAACUGACCAGCCCACCUUUCUCAGGAUGUCCAUCCAGCUGCAGCUCAAGUCCUGUCCACACGUGAUGGCCUGACACCUGACGCGUCCGUCUGUCCCCUUCAUAGGAAUGAAUCAUAGAAUCGAACCAGCCCGAGCCCUCUGGGUGUCCUUGAUUGUGGAUUUUGUGGGGUUGUUCGUUUUUUUUUUUUUUUGCUUUGUUUUUAUAAAUAUUAAUUUUAUAUGGGCCAACUGUCACUUCACAGAAAUCUUGGACGAGCAGAUAACUGCUGUUCAACAGGACAUUGUUGUUGUUUUUUGAGUUCUGAUACUCUUCCACUAUUCCAAACUCUUGAUCCAGAAUGUACACAGUCACAUAACAAUUAUUAUUUACAUUUUUUUUUUUUUUUACACCUUGUUUUUCUGAGCAUUCUAAAAUGGCAUUAGAUAGAGAAUGGAAUGUAAAUAUCCAAUGAUACUAUGGAAAAUGAUUACUAUGAUUAAUCUCUGUUCCAUGUGUGUAAUGUUUUACCCUCAGAAAUACAGAUCAUAUUUUCACCAGGUACUUUUUUUGUAUUGCUUUUCCUCCUGUCUGUUGCUUGGUUUUUAAAAUCUAGUGUUGGAAAAAAAAAAAGUUUGCUCUACCUCUGGAAUUUUUUGUAGGUCUGCCAUCCUUAAAGUAGGCCCUCAAUCGUGUUGUUUUUUUUGUUUUUUUUUUAAAGAAGAGAAGAAAAAAGUGGAUUUGAAGUUUUAGACUAUAUUUGUGUUAGAGCAGGACAAUAAUUCUCACGCUCCUAUUCUUUGUUUUAUUUUUCUUAUCUUUAUUUUUUUACUCUAAUUGUCUCUAAAGUUCUCCAACCAGGCACAUUUGUAGAGUUUGUCAUUUGUCUGAAAUAAAGGAAUUGCCAUUUU